GUGUGUCAGUGUGAAUCAUUACAGUGGUGUCUACUGACACUGUCAGGACUCGGGCCACUGUGGCUGGCAGGGUGGUGCCCCCACCCUUCUAUAUUACCCCACCCCGGGGCAGAGGAGGAGUCAGACACACUGGACACUAGUGAAACAGACCUAAACAACCAAGAUGGCCGACUUCUUCAGUUUUCUCCAAUCAACACUGAGUCAGGAGAAACAGAUGGAAGACGCAGUCAACAACAAUGACAUGGACCGGGUCUGCGAACUUAUCAAGAACUACAAGAUCAACAGCAAGGUUCAGCAACAGGGUGGCAACACUGCUCUCCACCUGGCCACCCGACUUGGACAUCAGGAAAUUGUUAAGAAGCUUCUCGAAGCAGGAGCUGAUCCCAUGUUAAAAAAUGACUUCAACUUGACGCCUAUCGACACUGCAACACGGAAGAGUCAUCAGGACUGUCUCAUACUUUUAUUACGUUACGCUACCAAUUUCCCUGAAAUCAGCGUCAUGUGGUUGCAGUCUGGCGGGUCGAUGAUACUUUGGAAAGAGGCCACCGAUGUUGUCAUGGGAACACUGUUGUGUGCCACACCCAAUUUUGGAUCCACUCGAAGUAAUACACAGAAUAAUUUAUUUUACCGACUGGUAGAUACGAAAAUGCUACAAAGUUUAAAACUCCUAGUGAUGACGGGGUACCAGCUAACAAAUGAACAGAAGUUGAAACUUGAAUCGUCGGAUGAAAAGCGAUUUCUUGAAUGGCUGAAGUCGUAUCUAUUCAAGCCUCAGACAUUACAGCAUUAUUGUCGCAUUGCCAUUCGACGAGCGUUUGAGUCUCGCGUCAACGUCUUCUAUGGGUCGAGGUUUCUGCCCCUUCCUGCAUCACUACGAGACUUUGUUUGUAUGGACAGUGAACUCCACUCCACGGAGGAGAAGCAGGAGAACCAGGAGGAGAAUAGUGACGCCAGUGAUGCUAUGUAGUCGUGUUGAGGUCAACUUUCAGAGGGCUUUCAGUGAAUUGGGGGAAUUAGGCCAUAACAUCAUGAUAAAAUGUUGAAAUCAUUGGCUCUUUUCCCCACCAAAUAUAUCCAUGACUUGUAAGGUGUUUUUUAAAAUGUCUUAAAGGUCCAUUGACUCACGAGUGUGUCACUGUCUGUUAUAUCUCUCAAGUCUGAUAACAAAGUUUAGAAAACAACUUACAGGAUUAGGGAAGGGAGGUAACCCUGUAAUGACCUAAUUAUAAGAAUACACACUUUUGAUUUCUUCUUUUUUUGUUAAAAAUUGUAAAACCAGGUUGUGUAUAAAAAGGCUUAGCUUUAUUCUCUAUUCCUUGGUAAUUAAUGCUUUAUUAUACACAACCUGUGAGAAAGGUCAAGGUCACCACAAAAAUCAGUCAAUAGCACUUUUUUGUCAUACUAAAUAUACAGAAUGAUUUGUAUAUUUUGCCCCCAAACUCUGGUGAACAUUUCUUUAAUUUGUUGUGGCCUCAACAAGAAGCUUGUGAUGAGGGAUUGUACGGACAUAUCAUAACAGUUUCAGUUGCUUAGCAGCUUCAAAAUAGGAACAAUGUAGAACAGAACUUCCAGGUGUGCAUUGUCUGUUCAUGCCACGGUCCAACUGACAAAGAAGGGAUAUUUCCCAAACCAUUAUUCAUGCAAUAUUUUCAUAUCUUAAUUUUCCACAUACAAUAGUUUCAAUACACUGACAGGAAACAAGAAAGUUCUAAUUGUCCAAGGCAGUUGAUGGCCAAGCGAUGUAGAUAUUGCCAGAUCACAAACAUCAUGGCAGUGUCAGUAUAGGGUUUGCACGAAAAUUAUAAAUGAACUCAUAUGCAAUGAUUUCAUUAAAAACAAUUAACAUUUGAUUAAACAUGGAAAAAAAGAUGAAAUUAUGUUCAAUAUAAGCCAAUAUUUAAUCAAACUUCAAGGAUGCAACCAGGAUUUUUUAAAAACUGUAACUUCACUGUGGGGGAGUACCCAAAAGCCUACCCUAAAAGUCACAAGCUCGAUAUGUAAACCAUUAUUAAUUUAUGCAGGAUAUGUUAAGUGUUCACUCAGCACACAGAAGGACCAUGUUUGGUUCCCCACAUGGGAUCUGGUGUCCCCUGCCACGACAUUGGUCAAAUAUAUAGUUAAGAGCAGGGUAGAACCAUACUCACUCACUAACCCUUCAGAAAAAGCAGACAUUGACCAGGGCUGACCUUCGUGCUAGUUUCAGGAAGAGGACAAUCAAAUAAUGAAGACACUGUGAUACAAAGUUGCUAAAUACGGACCACUGUUGGCUUCCGCUGUUGGAUGUGAAGGGUGCAUUUGUUGCUAUGCUAUUCAAUUCUUGACAGGGAUACUGAUAUAUUUCUCACUACUGUCAUGUACCUUAAGUAAUGGUUAUUGUUUGUUUGUUUGUUUUUAACGCCGCACUCAGCAAUAUUCCAGCAAUAUGACGACGGCCUGUAAAUAAUCAAGUCUGGACCAGACAAUCCAGUGAUUGAUAUCAUGAGCAUCAAUCCACGCAAUUGGGAUCGAUGACAUGCAUCAAACAAGUCAGCGAGUCUGACUACCCGAUCCCGUAUGUCACCUCUUACGACAAGCACAGUCGCCUAUUACAGCAAGUAUGGGUUGCUGAAGACCUAAUUGGUAUUGGUCAAACAUGGUAUAGGAGGAUGAUCCCUAUCAAAAUUUGAGUAGCAUAGGCCUAUAUUUACCCACUAAGUCUUGUCAAUACUGAGUUAGAAAUUAGAUUGUUACCUUGUUAUUUUGUUACUCAUUUCUUUGUGAUAGAAUUAUCAGAAUAUAUUUGAAUUUGUUAUGCUAUGUUUCAGCGUUGAUAUCACAUUUGUUCACUAUAUACCAAUUCAUGUUUUUUCGUUUGUGUGAAAAGUUAAUUUUUAUUCACUUCUAUCAGUUUUUUACUCAAGUGAAGGAUUCCACUACACUGGUUCUUGUGUCCAGAGCUGUGUCCAGGCAAAGGGGAGGUAACUCUCCUUGAGUGUAUGUUAUUCUGAUAAACAUGAUUAAUAAUUUAUUUGUUGCAUUCUCUUUAUCACAUUUAUAUAAAAAAAAAAACAUGUGUCACAGCAAAUGUUGAAAAUUAAAUAUUUUGUUACCCGAAUACAAUAUUAGAACCAAAAAUAUGGAAGGCGAAGAUUCUAAAAUCUGUUGCCAACAUUACGUGCUUCAUAGAUUAUUUUCUUACAGAGUAUUCAUUUUUAGAAAUUUAAUAAAAUAAUAUGAUAAUGCGAGGACAUUAGCAAUGGUUGUGAGAAAAUGUUUUUUCUACAGUGUGGUGACACUAUAGAUGAUAUCACAGGUAAAAAUUGCUGACAUUACAUUUUUUCGCUGAGUUUUUUAAUGACAGUGUAUCUGGACACUAAAUGUCUGUUGUGAAGACAAUAACACCUCACAACUGAAAUAAUCUAUAUAAACCACUUAACAAUCGAUAGGGAUAUUUUGGGUGUACAGGUUGGAUAUCACUGAUUGCUUGGAAAAGUUGUCAUGCAAUUAGCAUGUAAUGGUGCCAUAGAAAUGGCACACGUUCAGCUAUAUUUUAAUUUAAGAUAUAUACAAGUACACAUUUCAAUAAGUCCUCUGAGUUUUAACAGUAAAUUAAUGAAACAUCCCAUUAGCCCUAUUGAUGGUUGAGUAAACAUUUCAUUUGAGCAUGUUAAGACAUCAUUAGUUUUCAUAUUGAUACCAUGAGUUUUAUCCAUGUUCAUAACUAAAACCUAUAUAUAUUGUGAGUCUUGUGCAUGCAUGUUGUCACAGCAUAAAUACUCUUUAUGCACUCAGCAAUGAUGUAUAUUAAUCUGUGUACACAGAAACUGGAAGACAUAGCUGUAACACUCACUAAGGGCCACACUGUGGUACUUCUAGCCCCAAUCAAGCAUAUUUACAAACUGUGCUAUGUGCUGUAUAAUCAUGCAGCACUUUAUAUUGUAACAGUUAUAAAGGAAAACAAUCAUUGUGACAUGUGUAGUUAACAGUAGUAAUGGUUGCCGAAUUCAUUGCCUGUUCAAGGCCAUUUAUAGAUUUUUAGGCCUUUUAAAGGCCAGACUGCCAAAUUAAAGGCCAUUCAAGCGUGUAUGGAACUUGUGUCCUCAUUCACCAAAGUAUGUAAUGUGUUACAGUGUUCCAAGUGUCUGUGUAACGUGCAACAGCGUUAUAUUGCGUAGGUUUCUUGGCAGAAUAAAGCAAGUGGAUAAAAACCGCAUCUGUUGGUGUCAUUCACAGAUAAAUAUGCAAAUAAGACAGGUUGAGGAGGUACUAAUAUCAGUGUUUUCAAACAAACUUGGCAUCGCACUUGUAUAUUGGGGUUGAGGAGCUGGACAAAUUAUCAAAAGAAUAGUCUACCUUAGACCAAAAUUUUAACAUGGGUAGAGCUGCAGCCUUUAACAAGGGCAACUUUGGCAAUGUAAAUUGCAAAUGAAUUUAGUGAAAACGCCUGAAAAUGCCAGUGGGAUCUGUGCCUGCACAUCUCUGCAGUUUGGGGUCUUUUCCCAAAUUCAAAACAGUUCGAUAUGGCCAAAAUAUGUCCGAAAUUUUACUUUGUUUCAUUUUGUAACUGUUUGGGACUGUUUCAGCUGGAACCAUAUUGACUGUUGUCUCCGUCAAUCUGACCAAUCACUGAUGUUGUGAUGUAACAAUGAAUCAGUGAACAAUUAGCUGUGACCAUUGACCAAUGCUUAUGAUGCUUGCUGGACAAGGGUUAAUCACGUUAACCAGUUGUAUCCAGGGACAAGAAAUAUACUCUUCGAAAUGUGGACCAUAUCAUGUAUAGUAACCAUGGUGACUGUGAUUUAUUUUUGAAGUAAAAAAUGAAUUCUACAGAGCAUAAUGAUGUGAGAAAUGUAUGCAAUAUUUUAUACACUUAUUGUUUGAUGUUGUUGUUAUAACAAAGUGCGCAGGCAACCCUGGAUAUAACAGUCAUACUUCCCGGGAAGUCGGUGAUAAUGAUGCCAUACUGACCACCAUGCCCUAGUAGUUACAAUAUUUGCUUGUCACAGUGCCAAGUUUGAUACACAUUUCUGAUGUUGCUCUCCAUAUUUCUGGCAUAUUACUGAAUAGCAUAAAACCCUACUCACUCACUCACUGAUUAUAUCUACAGUUGUCUGCAUCACCAAUUUGUUUUUGUAGAAAUCAAUUCCAAUUCUUCAUGUUGAUUAAUACUAAAUAUGCAAUUAUGGUUGUGAAGAAAGGAAGGUAUGUGUGAAUCGUGUUGAAUCAUGUGUUGAAUCAUUUGACGUAUAGAACACCUGGUGGACCGUAUCUGUACUGAGGAAAAUGUAUGUCCAUAUAUUGUUUUUGAUUGUUUUUGAUACAUGUUGUAAUUUUGUGAUAUAUUUUUGUUUGUUUCAUGACUUGUUUGGAUAUUGUACUGUUGUAACUUGUUAUAAGAUUAGUGUUGUUGUUCUAAAGUUGCUACUGAAUAUUGUAAGUCCUUGGCUAAUUUCACAAUUGUCUCGUCUCGUUCAACAUUUACUGGUUAUUAUUUCCUACAUGACAACACAGAGGAUGAACAAUGAACUAGACAGACAAUGGAGGUGGAAAUGUUUGUACCCAGUUAUGAGAUUUUCAUUUGGGUUAAGCUGCCAGUAACUAAAACUGACAAGAAUAUUUUCGUGAUAGUUAUCUCCCUUUGAUAAGUUGCUAUCUCCCCUUACCAUUAAUCAGGUAAAUAGUUAUCUCCC